CCUUAUGGAAAAUACACAAAGUUUUUUUAAUUAGUUGAUGAAAGGUAGCGUAGGAAGACCGGCGUAAGAUUUGAAAUCCCGUUACUCUAUGCGUUUAAUUAGAUUUGGUAGUAACAAAUUUGGGGAAAAUUUGCUGCGAUUAAAAUUGAGAUAUAGAUGAUGGACGUAGGAAUUAAAGGAUUAGUGGAAGCUAUCCACGCCACUCCUACUCAGGCCGUCCUCUACUUUUCCGGCGGUGCUUCUCAGGUUGUGGGUUGGUUGAUGUCAGUUCCAGGGGCUUCCAGUACCGUACUAGAAGUCACUGUUCCAUAUUCCAGAAUGUCUAUGAUUCAAUUGCUCGGCCAGGUUCCAAGACAGUUCAGCAGUCGGGAAACUGCUGAGCAGAUGGCUUUAUUGGCUUACAAUCGUGCUCUUAAGCUCUCAAAGCCAGGUUGUCCAGUUCUUGGUGUUGGCUUUACUGGUUCUUUGGCUAGUACACGCCUGAAGCUCGGUGAUCACAGGUUUCACUUGUCAACACGAACUUCUAGCCGGCUUUCGGUAUCUUCAGUUACAUUGUCAAAGGGCUUGCGAACUCGAGAACAAGAAGAAAGAGUUUCAAGCCUGGUUUUACUUAAGGCAAUUGGAAAUGCUUGCGAAAUUCCGAUAACAAUUGGAUCUGAGUUGACUGAUUCUGAAGUUCCUGACAACCUUGAGAAGCAAUUUCAAGAAGAUGAAGAAUUACAACAGCUUAUAGAUGGGCAAAUAUGCUUCAAGGUUUAUCCAUUUUCCAGUGAGAAAGAUGCUUCAAACGUAGAAAGAAGAAUUAUUCUACCUGGUUCAUUUAAUCCUCUACAUGAUGGUCAUCUGAAACUCCUGGAAGUAGCUACUAGCAUCUGUGGUAAUGGAUAUCCAUGCUUUGAGAUAUCAGCUAUAAAUGCGGACAAACCUCCUUUGACUGUCUCUCAAAUAAAAAAUCGUGUUGAGCAGUUUCAAAAAGUUGGAAAGACUGUGAUCAUUUCCACUCAGCCUUACUUUUAUAAGAAAGCAGAACUUUUUCCUGGCAGUGCUUUUGUAAUCGGUGCAGAUACAGCAGUGAGGCUUGUCAAUCCCAAGUAUUAUGGUGGUGAUUAUGACAAAAUGCUAGAGAUCUUGCUUGGCUGCAAAAACACAGGAUCUACUUUCCUCGUAGGUGGUCGAAAUGUGGAUGGUGCUUUUAUGGUUCUUGAAGAUAUUAACAUUCCGGAGGAGUUAAGGGAUAUGUUUAUAUCAAUACCAGCAGAAAAAUUCAGAAUGGAUGUAUCAUCAACUGAGAUCAGAAAUAGCAGAGGAAUGUAAAAUGUGUGCUACUGCAAUAUAUUAGGAAAGAUGCUUACAUUGAGUUAUCUUUCAAUUUCUAAAAAGACCGAAGUUUGGGAACACAUGCUUUCACGUCGUUAUUCCUGUGAUGUGAAGUUGAUAUGAACUAGCCAAUUGUGGGGAUGGUUUAUCGUUUAGCCUUAGAUUUUCGUAUGUCAUUAUAACUGAUAAGGGCACUUUAUACUCAUCUAGGGCGUGUUUACCUCUUGUGUAGUGCCUUGUAAACUUUUUGGCAUUCUAAUUUUAUGCUACUUGACAUCUGUUGAAAAGUACAGUUCUUUGGUGCAGUUGAUCAACCCCCAUACACAAAUAAACGGUUUGUUCCUUUCA